AUGGUCCUUAAGAAAUGCCCUGACAUGUCAGCCGAAUUCAACCAAGCCAAGAGUGACGUCCGUAAGGCGGGUGGUCAAGUGACUGAAGAGCUCAAAUACGGCCUGAAAGGGCUGAUUGUUCGAUUACCAAAGGAUGCAGUGUCUGCUUUCGAGAAGAAGGACUAUGUUGAUUUCAUGGAAAAGGAUAGCCCAGUGCACAUUGUGUAA